AUGACCAAAGAUUUGGUUACCGCAAAGAAGGGUGUUUCUCUUUCCGAAGGUAACGAAAUCUUGAGAACAUCCAAAAAGGGUAAGCUCUUAAUUGUUGAUGCAGAAGGUAACCUAGUUGCACUUUUAUCGAGAACGGAUUUACAAAAGAACGAGGAUUAUCCCAACGCAUCCAAAUCCACAGCCACUAAACAAUUACUAUGUGGUGCUUCAGUUGGUACCAUGGAUGCUGAUAAGAGAAGAUUAGAACUAUUAGUCGAAGCCGGUUUGGAUGUUGUUGUAGUUGACUCUUCCCAAGGCAACUCCAUCUUUCAAUUAAACAUGAUCAAGUGGAUUAAAAAGACGUACCCGGAAAUAGAAGUCAUUGCAGGUAAUGUUGUUACCAGGGAACAAGCAGCUUCCUUAAUUGCGGCCGGUGCAGAUGGUUUAAGGAUUGGUAUGGGUUGUGGUUCUAUCUGCAUCACCCAAGAAGUUAUGGCAUGCGGUAGACCACAGGGUACUGCAGUUUAUAAUGUGACUGAGUUUGCAAACAAAUUUGGUGUUCCUUGUAUUGCUGAUGGAGCAGUUCAGAACAUCGGCCAUAUCACCAAAGCCAUUGCGUUGGGUGCCUCGUGUGUCAUGAUGGGUAGCAUGUUAGCAGGUACUACCGAAUCACCGGGCUCUUACUUUUUCAAGGACGGUGAGAGGUUGAAGACAUACAGGGGCAUGGGUUCUAUUGAUUCUAUGCAGAAAACCGAUACCAAUGCAAACGCAUCCACUUCAAGAUAUUUCUCUGAAGGUGAUGAGGUUCUCGUUGCCCAAGGUGUCUCUGGUGCCGUUUUAGAUAAAGGUUCUGUUACUAAGUUUAUUCCUUACAUUUACAAUGGUUUACAGCACUCUUGCCAAGAUAUCGGUGUUAAAUCUGUCAAGGAACUAACUGAAAAGGUCAACUCUGGUGAUGUUAGAUUUGAGCUGAGAACUCCUUCCGCCCAAUUUGAAGGCGGUGUUCACAACUUACAUUCUUAUGAAAAGAAACUUCACAACUAA